GAAACACCCAAUCUCAGUUAAACGCCAAAUUGUCUUGAUUUUUUUGACACGUUUACAAUUGGAGCGGUUAAAAUUUAACGUAUUCUUCCCAAAAACAAUUAAACCAAAUACUAACAAAACUAAAAAAAAUAAAUUACUCCAAAAACAUUAAUCCAUCUUUCUCCCCCCAACCCCCUCGGCUUUCUCUCUCAUUCGAAAAAACCAAAAAUCCUUGUAUUUCUUUUCCUCCAAUUCCAAUUCGUAGGGUUUCGAUCGAUUCCCCAAUUUUUAUUUCUCAAAUUCGAAUGCUUCUAAUUCAGUUUGAUCACAUAAUUAGUUAAGGAAUUCGAUUGUUUCCGAUGAAAGGAGGAGGAGGUGGUGGCAAGGGCGGAGCUGAAUCAAGUAGUGGCGGUGGCGGUGUCGGAAGGGGCGGAGCGACGUCGUAUGAGGUGGGCGGUGGUCGGCAGAGGUUUACUGUGGAAUUGAGGCCCGGGGAGACUACGAUUGUUUCGUGGAAGAAGCUUCUCAAGGACGCCACUAAUUCUGCUGCUGCCGGCGCUGCUGGAACGUCGAAGCCUAAUGGGACUGGUUCUGCGGAGUUUCCCGACCUGAAUGCUCCGCCGGCUCCUGUUCAUGUCAAUAGUAGUAGUGGUCUUAAUCCUGUAACUUCUCAUCCUCCUCCUCAUCAUCCUUCGUUAGACUCGCGCAUUGCCCCGGGGCAAGUACUCGCUGGGGAAAAGGGAGGGAAUGAUGCUGCGCAGCCGCCCUCCAAUCGUCUGAAUACUGUAAUUGAGAGAAUUGAGCGGUUGUAUGUGGGGAGAGCUAGUAGUGAUGAUGAGGAUGCUAAUGAUGUAGUGCCUGAUGAUGAUGAGUACGAUACAGAAGAUUCCUUUAUUGAUGAUACUGAGUUGGAUGAAUAUUUCCAAGUUGAUAAUUCAGCAGUAAAACAUGAUGGGUUCUUUGUCAACAGGGGGAAGUUGGAGAGAGUUUUCGAUCUUCGUUUCCCUUGUGCUGCUAGUGAACCAAGCACGUUACCAAACGAGCAGCCGAAGAAAAGGAGAAGGAAAGAUGUUGAUGGUGGUGAUGAUGGUCGCAUUCCAAAUAAACUUGUAAAAGCGCCAAAGAGGGCUGGAAAACCAGUUUCACUGGUUGAGAAAAAUGCAUCUGCCCUAUCUACAGUUAUUGCUUUACCAAAUAUACACAGUGAAGAUGUGAAACAUCAUAACCAGGCUAACUCUUCAGCAAUUUCAUCCAGAAAGAAAUAUUCUGAUGUUAAGGGUGGAGAGCAGUGUCUAUUAGGAGUUGUGAAUGGCAAUGAGAUGGCACCAGGGAAGGAUUUUGGCAUGCAGAAGCAUGGAACUGAUGUAGUCAAUAGUCAUGGCACCAUUUCUGAUGCAUCAAAUCAGAGGCCGCAGGAGAAAAGUUUGUCUUCACACAGUAAAAAUCAUUCAGGAAAGUAUUUAAACAAUUCUACAAUGGAUCAAUCUGGUCUGCAGAAAGAAAAAACAGGUGUCCGUGAAAGGUCUGAACUCAGUGUUGCGGACAGCAAAAAUUCCGUGGAGAAUGUGAGAAACCACGCAGUGCAGAAGAGGGAAGGUAGCAGUGUUAGACCUAAAAGCACAUUGCUCGAGAAGGCUAUCAGAGACUUGGAGAAGCUUGUUGCUGAAUCUAGGCCUCCUACCGGAGAACUUCAGGAAGGUGAUAAUUCAUCUCAGGCAAUCAAAAGGAGAUUGCCGGCAGAAGUAAAGCAGAAGCUGGCUAAAGUUGCCAGAUUUGCGCAAGCAAGCCAUGGAAAAAUAUCGAAGGAGUUGAUUAACCGAUUGAUGAGUAUUGUAGGCCACUUGAUACAGCUUAGAACAUUAAAGAGAAAUUUGAAAAUUAUGGUCAACAUGGGAUUGUCAGCAAAGCAGGAGAAAGAUAGUAGAGUGCAGUUGGUAAAGAAGGAAGUUGCGGAGAUGGUUAUGACACGGAUUCCUCUAAUGAAAUCCAAGGCUCUUGAACAACAAGCUGGAAGUUCUGAUGAUUUUCAAGAGAUUAGUGCCGAAGAGAAAGAUGCCUUGAAGAGGAAAUAUAGCAUGGAUGAUUUGCUGGAAGACAAAAUAUGCGAUCUGUAUGACCUUUACGUAGAAGGGUUAGAAGAAGAUGCUGGUCCACAAGUCAGAAAGCUGUAUGCUGAGCUAAGUGCAAUGUGGCCAAAUGGGUUUAUGGAUAAUCAUGGGAUUAAGCGUGCUAUAUGCAGAGCAAAAGAUAGGAGAAGGGCAUUAAACAGUCGUCAAAAGGCGUUUUCCACCCUGACUAAAUACUGAGGUCCUUAGUUGGUUAAAGGUGGUUGAUGUUGAAUCUAUAGUUGUGCCGGCUGGAUUUACAUAUUGAUAAGUAUUUUCUCCCUGCUACCCACCUUCUGAUAGUGAGAUUUGGAUGUGUAUUACAAAAUCAGAUGUCAAGCUUGAGUUUUAGCAAUGUUGUCCAUGAUGUUGGAAGCUUGGUUUGUUUGUUUAAUUUGAUUUCUAUUUAUGUUCAGGAUUCUGAAAAAAUCAAGAGGAAGAAGAUGUUGGCGCAGAAGUCUGAAACCGGUCAAGAAGAAGCAAAUCCGCUAGGUCAGCCUCAUCCACCGCAGAAGCUAGUUUCUGAUUCUGGUGAUCAUAUCUUGGUAAACAAAUCUACUUCCAGCAAAAGCUUCACAGCUGCUUCCGUAAGAAUGCCUGUGUCCUUUCCGAAUGGUUCCAAUGUGGACCAUCCGAAACAAGAGAGAGUAAAGGGCAGUGCCAGCAAUUUUUCCGAUAUUAGGUCAUCAGAGACAUUGCAGUCAAAGAAAAAGAAAAGAAAAUCUGCAGAGUCAGAAGGUGCUACUCAUGUGCGCCCAGAGAAGAUUUCCUCCGUUCAAGGAGAUGGCAAAGUUAAAACUCAUAAGGUGCAGGUUGCUGAUCCACUGCAGAAAUCAAACCCUCAGCCGAUUAAUUCUUCAAACUUCGAACAGAAUAUCGUUUAAUAGGAUCCGUCUUUAAGGGCUAUAAUUUAGUGGUGAGGCUCUUAAUUUAAUUUUUUUUUUCUCUUAUUUUGAAAAUUUUAAAUUGAAGGUAAGCUAUAAAAUGCUUAAUUAUUUUUCGUUGAUUGUUAGUUUCUUACUAGAGAGAACUUUUGAGAGUAGAGAAGGUAGUCGAGGAGAAGUAAUUCCUUUCGUUGAAUAAGUUUAUUCAACAAAAUGGAAUAUUUUUUUCGGAAAAGAAAAAUUUGGUCUUGCACAUUAGAACUUCUAUUGCAAAUGGUUUUAGCCAUCAUCAGUUAAUAUAAUUGAUGGCUGGUUCCCUAGGGGAUAUUGAGAAUAGAAAUUGGGAUAAUGUUGUCUUUUUCAUAAGUGAAAAUUAAUUAAUAACAAUCUUUUUUUUUGGUAAAUAUUAAUAACAAUCUUUUCAAUGUCC